AUGAAUUUAUGUGGAUUUUUACUGAAAAACAGAUGGAAAAUUCAAGGUUUAUUGGGACAAGGUAGUUUUGGAAGUAUUUAUUCGGCACACGAUUUGGUGACUUCUGAGGAGGUUGCUAUUAAAAUUGAGAAGGUUCAGUCAACGAGUAAUCAACCACAAAAUGGUCAACCAGUUACACCACAGGCUUCUUCACUGAAGGUUGAAGUUUGUGCAUUGAAAAAUUUACAAAAUUGUCGUUAUGUUGUCACUUAUAUUCACAGUGGAAGACAGUACAUUACUUAUGGCAGUGAAAAUGUAGCUCUCAACUUUUUGGUAAUGGAAAGAUUGGGAGAAAAUUUAGCAGAAUUGAGAAGAAAAAACGCUAAUGGUGUUUUUAAUCUUGCCACAACAAUGAGAUGUGGUGUUCAAAUGAUUGAUUGUAUAGAGGAAAUUCACAAGUCAGGAUUUUUGCACAGAGAUGUUAAACCUGCUAAUUUUGUUACUGGUAGAACAAGAAAUGCGAGAGGAAGAAUAUUCGUUAUUGAUUUUGGAUUGGCACGUGCUUAUAAACAUGAGGACGGCAAUUUGAAACCACCAAGAAGUAGUUGUGGUUUUAGAGGAACACCACGUUAUGCGUCGAUCAAUGCUCAUAACGGUUUGGAAUUGAGUAGAAGAGAUGAUUUGUGGUCGAUAUUCUAUGUGAUGGUUGAAAUGGCUUCUGGUAAUCUUCCAUGGAGAAGAAUGAGAGAUAAGGCAGUUAUUGGAAAGCUGAAAGAACAA